UGUAUCAGUAAUACAAGGUUUUUUAUUCAAGUGGUGUCAUUUUUUAAGUGGUCCAAUUUUUUUAUAUAAAGCUAAACCACCAGUCCAGAUUAUUUUCAAAAAAAUUCUUAAAAAUGAAGGCUACCUUAGUUUUGGCUGUGUUGGUUUGCGUCGGUCUAACCGUUAGCGCCCAAAAGAAUGACUUUUUCUGCGAUGCCUGUGUAGGAUUUGCAACUCUGAUAAAAAAAUACGUACAAGAAGAAGUUCCAUUGGACGAAGUUGAAAAAGAUGCACAAGCAAUUUGUGACCUUCUACCAGGCGAUUUAAAAGAUUUUUGCGAAAAAGAAUUAAUUCCAGAAGUCGACAAAAUCUAUAAUGAACUCAACAACACAACUCCGCAACAAGUGUGCGAAUUUUUGGAAUUUUGUGAAACAAAUUAAUGAGUUAAUAGUGUAAAAUAAAAAUACAUUUUUAAAUAA